CUAUUGAUAUAAUGUUACGCAUUAUGGGAUAAAUGGGUUAAAACAAGUGUAUUGGAACCUAAUAUUUAAACGAAAGUAGAUAGUCUUUAAAAAAACCCAGCAUCUCGGUCUAUUAAUUGGCUGAAAAUUUUCAGUAAACGGUACAACUAAAUGUACAAUGGUAAAUCUGUCCUAGUGAUACAUCAAAUAUGUGUCUGUGUCUGACAUCGAUGUUACCGAUCGUGCUUUUCACCAUAAAUCUAAACAUAGUGGAAACUUAAUCUCCACAAAGGCGGUUGGACAUAAUCAAAAGAAUAUAUAAUUGGACAAAGUGCAAAUCACGGAAUGUCUGACAAUUGCUAUUUGUCUGAGGCCCUGUACGUGGGUCUAUGUGAUUAUAUAGGGACACCGACAGAAGUGACCGCCAGGAGGGAGGUGAUGGACAUGAAGGAGGAGAUAAUGGAACCUUUAGAGAAACAUAUAUGUUGUAGAAAGAUGGAGACUGGUAGUCAUAGGGAAGGUUUUAGAUUUCAAUCUUCUGACGUAGAUACAAUGUUAUGGUACACCAAUUAUGAAGUGAUAACUAACUUAAAAAGAAAAAAAAGAAAAAGUCAUAAAGCACAGUCCAGUGAUUCUGAUCCGUCAAAACAUUCCCGCAUUCUCAUGGAGGACACUGAUACACCGGGGUUUGUCAGACUACGUCAUCUGAAAUCACCACGAAAGGAAGACUAUGAUCUUGAACCAUAUGUUGUUUCAUUCAAUGGCAGGGACUAUAUAUCAAAUGUAAAGUGGAGACAAAUCAUAUUGACGUUGAUGGUAAAAAACAAUUCUUUCAAUCAUGCAAAAAUUCAUGGUCCUUGUGCAAACGGUUUUAUUGGUGAUAUAGAACAUGACUAUGCCGCUUGUUUCCAUUGUUCAUACUGGUCACGGUUUCCCAGUGAUUUGAAAAAAAUACCAAAUUUCAAAGGCGUGUUUGAUGAUAUUUCAAGAAAUGGUUGUCAUAUUGUGCCCGUCGGAAGUAAAAGAGCAGGCGUUGAAAAUGAACUGGAGUGGAGAUUGUCCUUUUCUCAGGCAGAGCAAAAACUUGUGUAUUCGAUGAAUCAUACACAGUUUCUGUGUUAUGGACUUUUGAAAAUAUUUCUAAAGGAAGUCGUCAAUCGUGACAAAGAAGAACCAUUCCUGUGUUCAUAUUUCUUGAAGACAACGAUGUUCUGGAUGAUGAAAAAAAUAGGAUACACUGAUUGGUACCCAAGAAACUUACUAAAUUGUUUUAUGGCAUGUUUGGCCUUUCUAAUAGAUAAAGUCGGUCGAGGAAUUUUGCCGAAUUUUUUCAUCCGAAAAAACAACAUGUUUGCCGCCAAAUUAACCACAGCUAAAGGUAAAUGCGCACGUGAGUGUCUGUUUCAAGAACUCAAAAGGUAUCACAAUAUGGGCUUAACAUGUUUGUUACAAAGUUCAACGCUCAAGAAACUGAUAUGUAACAAUCUUUCAGGAAUAUAUCCUAUUAUAUAUAAGAAAGAUCACAUUAUAGAUAAGAGUGCAGCUGAUACAGAUAUUUGUUUAAAAGAGGAAAUUUAUCGCCUAAGUUUAGGAGAGAACGUACGGGAGAACUACUUUAUUCUGAGGUUCACCAUUUUGUUAAAUGAACCACUUACAGAAUAUAAGACAUUAACUUUACAGAAAUGCACAGCAGAUGUUUUAGUUCAUACAGCAUUCUUAUAUCUCAAUACUUCAACAGUUAGUACAAAUAAGAAAGUUUACAGAUCAGACAGACUGAUUGGUAACUUGUUGAAGCUGGCAGGUAGAGUGGGUGAUGCGUCUUGUUUGUUGUAUCUUGCUCUGUAUUACUACAGAACAUGUAGAUAUAGAGAGGCGCUUCAUGUUACAGCUCUGGUUAAAUCAAGACUCACACAGCCUUAUAUCAUGUUUAGCGCAGUAGACCGAGAAAGGUACAAUGAAUCAGUGGGUGGUUGGUCUCUGUCUAAACGUAUGCAAAAAGCUUGGGCAGAUCUUGUUUGUCUUAAAAAAGAUAUUUAUUAUAUCCAGGAGCUGGAUUUAGAACAGAAAUUAAGCAAAGAAAACAGUCAACCAGCUUUGUUGAUUUCACCCUAUGUAGUGACAGACAUGUUAAGUGUGUUAUGUAACUACAGACUAGGUAACCGGCACCAGUGUCUACAGUCAAUGACAGACCUACAGACACUGAUGCUCAAGGAUGUACAUUUACGUACCAUAGACAUCUCGUGGCAAAUACUUGGGAUCUGUCAACACGUUGUGGGGGAUCUAAACGGGGCGUUUCAGUCUUAUCAAAAGUCACUAAGACAGGAACCAUUCAACAAAAUACAGAAUGCCUCAAAAUAUAGAAUAGCCUUCACUUUGAAUCAAUUAUUUAGAAAUUAGCUGCAACUCUCUGAUUUUUAUUAUUAAUUGUUUUAAACCUAUUGCUGAUAUAUUUCGGAUAUGCAAUGUAACAUAUCCUCCUCAAAUAAUAUUUACAAUUGACAACGUAUAUUUGUGGUAUAUAUGCAUAAUGUUUAAAAAUAUAUAAUUGUAAAGCCUGUGUAAACAGAUAGCCAUGCUAUGACUUUGAAUUGUUGGUAUAUUACAUUGGUCACUAUGAUACUUAUGUAUACCUAGAUACUUCGCAAUGAAUUGUGGUAAAGAUAACUAACAUAAUGGACUCUUUGACUCUUUUGGCACUGCGUAAUAUUCCUAAAUGAUGUUGUACAACCAGGUACAGAAUGCGGGCACAAUAACAUCCAAAUUGGGAGUUUAUAAAUAAGUUGUCAUAUUUGGCGAUUCUGUGUCUGCAUCGAUAACUCUGGUGUUCUUUAUUGAGUCACGUAUUGCGUAUUCUAUAAAACCUUUGUUACCAUGAAUUCAUGUUUACUUUUAUAAUGACAUUUAAAUAUUGUAUGUCAUACUAGGGUAAAAUCCAGAUUGACAAUAUAUCAACAAUUUUAUAAACAAGUUAUCAACAAAUUGUCAUAUUUAGCGAUCAUGUGUCUACUAUGAAAGCCCUGAUACUGCAAGUUACCCAUGUAUUGUUUUUCUUUUCUAUCUAUUUAACCUUUAUGUAUGAAUGAAUGUAUUAUGUGUAAGCGAUGCUUCAUACCCAGGUGGGGGACUCAGAGACUCAAAACCUGCAUCCAUACUCUUUGAAAGACAGUUCUGACAGUUUUGUUACUUUAUUUAGAAAUAAAAUAUAACUCUGGAGUUUGAACACGACAUGUUCACUCAUGAUCAUCGUAGAUGGGCCAAACUUAUCAGAACUGUCAAUCAUUAGUAAACUGUUAUAUAAUCCCUUCUGAAAUGAAUUUUCUUUUGGGUUUUGAUUUAAGAUCUUUAAUUUUUAGGUUUAUAAGAAUUUUAUUUUUAUAAUUUUGGUUUUAGAUUUAUAGAAUUUUAUUUGAUUUUGGAUUUUGAUAGGUUUUUAAUUUUUGGAUUCAGAAUUUUACUUUAGAUCUGUAGUUUUUGGGCUUAAGCUUUUAUUUAGGAAUUUUAUUUGAAUGUGAAAUUUUAGAAUUUCAUUUAAGAUCGUUGAUUUGUACUGCUUUUUAUUGAUGCUGUAACUUUGACAAAACUAUAUGAUCACGCUUAUUAAUAAACUGCUUGGU